AUGGAUUCACGUGCGUCAACUUUCUUGGACCCCUCCUCUGCCAUCACAGCGAUCACCAGGCAUAAAGCCGAGGCGAUCAAGCUGGCACGAGAGCAGGGGACUGCUGUUAGGGAGAUGUGUCGCCGCGCAAAGACUGAGGUGCCGCCUUACGAGUUCGAAGAAUUGAUCGGCAAGGGUGCCUAUGGCCGAGUUUAUAAGGGUCAUGAAACACCUUCUGGCCGGUUGGUAGCAAUCAAAGUCCUUGAUAUUGACUCUUUGGACUACAAGUCAUUGCGUGACUUUCGAGAUGAGUCAAUCAAGGAUUUUAUUCAUGAGACCAAGGUCAUGAAGCAAGUCAAAGACUCAGGCGCUAAGAACAUCAACGAGCUCAUCGAAGCAAUCUCCAUCCAUUCCCAAUUGUGGCUAGUCUGCGAGUACUGCCCCGGUGGUAGUGUGCGAACUUUGAUGCGAGCAACUGGUGAUAAACUCGAAGAGAAUUACAUCAUUCCUAUUGCACGAGAGCUUGCUGUUGGAUUACAUGCUAUUCACGAAGCUGGUAUUAUCCACCGUGACGUAAAGGCUGCGAACAUCCUCAUCCACGAAGAAGGACGAUUGGAAAUUUGUGACUUUGGUGUUGCAGGUGUCUUGCAAUCGCAUCAGGACAAACGCUCUACGUGGAUCGGAACGCCACACUGGAUGCCCCCUGAGAUGUUCUCCAUGAGGGGGCCGGCGCACCAUUAUGGCAAUGAGAUUGAUGUGUGGGCAUACGGCUGCACCUUGUUCGAAUUUGCUACAGGCAAUCCUCCCAACUCGGGACUCCGCGAACGAAUGCAAAUCGGACGUCAACUCAAUCGAAAUGCCCCCAAGCUUGAUAGUGACCAGUAUAGUCAGGGAUUAAAGGAUCUUAUUGCGUAUGCACUUGACUCCAAUCCAGCGACUCGUCCAACAAUGGCAGACAUCCUCGCACACCCCUAUAUUGCCGAAACAGAAGAGGAAUACCCGACCCUCUCCGUUGCUGAGCUUGUUCGGAAUUACUAUCAAUGGUCACAACGGGGCGGGCAGCGAGUGUCUUUAUUUCACCCUGGGGGUGCAGCAGCGGCAGAGCUCCCAGGAACCGAAGAAACCGAAGAGGAUUGGAGCUUCAGCACGACGGAUGGCUUUGAACGAAGAUUCUCUGUCAUUGAUCUCGAUCAGAUCGCCGCUUCCCUUGCUGAGAUGGAAGAAGCGAUCAGUCCGACAACCCCAGCACCCGACAGCGAUCUUGGUGAUGAAUUUAACGAAGCCGAGCUGGAUCCUGAGGAUAAAGCCAAUUUCGACGAGCGAGUCCGCCGUGGUGCAGAAGCCAUGGAAGGACUUUUUAACGAGGAUAUGCCAAGUUACAAAUAUGAAACCAAGAGAGAUUUUGUUCCUAUCCAACCCAGCCCUCCACCCUCCGAUCUCCCUCUCCGCACCAACACGGAUCGAUCAUCGGUGACAUCGACUUUCAUUGAUAUCGAUAUUGGCUCCUUUGACUCCUCCCACUAUGCAGCUGGUGCACCGUCCGCACAGCCUUUCCAGCUUGCCAAUGCGGACACCAUUCGCGCAAAUCGGUCUAGUAUCCGCAUUCCUCGUGGAUCUAAUGAUUCUAGUUCCCAGUCUUCGAACAGCGAUGCCGAUGUUAAUGAACCUCACGAGGAGGAGUUCAAACCGUCAGGCCCGCGACCUCCCACUAUGGACUGGAAAUUUCCUUCAUUCUCCAUGGCACAGCCUGAGGAUGUUGAACCCGAGGCCGACGCUGAUAACGAAGCUGAGGGUGCAGAAGAGGAACCAGCCACUGAACCAAUCAAAGAAGAAAGCUUUCAAGACGAGAAACGUGCUACCAUGGAGUGGACUUUCCCUGUCAUGGGGUCUCAACCAGAGGUUAUGCCUGCCAUGGAUGAACAGGUGAGCACUGAUACAGAUCGCCACGAUACUGUGAGAGCGCCUGUAUCUGGUUUGCAAAGACAACCUACACAUUCACCCGCUAUCUCUCGCCCGUCAACCUCAGCCUCCAACAGCUCGACUAUGUCUGACUCUGAUUAUGAUCCAUUCCGCUUUGACCGACCAACAACCCCCAAGGCUUCAUCACAACCCAAUUCAUUCGACGCGGAAUUCCCAAGCUUAGUCGAUAACGCCUCUGAUGAUGAUUCUGCCGGAGUCCUUGAUGGGCCCGGACCAGAUGAAGAAGAAGAAGAAGAAGAAGAAGAAGAAGAAGAAGAAGAAGUAUCCCAAGAGUCCCAUCCAAUGUGGCAGGAAGAACCAGAUAUCAUAUCUUUGGAUGACUUGCCGCCGCCCACUGCCAUUCCGGUGUAUGACAGGCCCAGUGACACGCCCGUUGAGAUCUCUGAGCCAGGGUCACCUAUCAUUGAGGAGCCCCUGCAGACCGCUCGUCGUCGAGAUCAUAUGUCUUCAUUUGCCGCGCCACUGGUGACUGAUAGUGAUCCCACUAUCUCAUUUCCAACCUUGAUUCCCCCAAGUGCCGACAGCUUGAUGGAAAGUGCCGAUGAUGCUGCGGUUACAGCGGAGCUGGAUCGUCUGCUAGGUGACUUCCUGGGUGCCCUUUCAGCGACAGGAGAGGCUCUUUCAAGGGCUGGUGCAGAGCCGAAAGCGGAUGGUGUUGCUCACCACCCUGCCGAAGCAGUACCAUAG